AUGCGCUGGAAGCCCCCACUCAUGCCUACCGUCCCUUUCGCGAACGGCUCCCCGCUCAUCAUCAGUUGCGACCCAAAUAACCUCCAGCUUCGCCGGCAGGGGUAUCCUUACCAGCCUAUAUCUCAGUCUCAAGCUCUACCUCUACCUAGUACCCCUCCCCCAUUGCCGACGCAGCCAGUGAAACCUACACCAGCAUCGACGCAGGCAUCGACGCAGGCUCCGACGCUGCAAUCCGAACGCGUCUCUCACAAAGUGACAUCCCACAAGUGUCCACUGCCACAGGGCGCAUAUGAUUCCAUCAAAUUGUACUUCGACAAACUCUCCCAGACCCCAGACCUCCCCGCGCGUGCGAUUCUCGCAAGACGCGUGAAGACCAUCCCUGGUAUAGUGCACUACACCGCGUAG